AUGGUUUCACUUUCGCAACAAAAACAAACAAUAAUGGGUACACCUGAAUUUCUCGAUUUAAUAAUAAAUCAAUCAUCUCAACAAACCUUUGAUGAGGCUGCUAAAUUUGCCGAAAAAAAUUCUCAAGAACUUUACCAAGAAUUAGAUGAAUCAUCUACUGUAUCAUCACAGACAAAAAAUGUGUCCUCACAAGAAAUGAUCAAAAUGAUUCGUGAAAUAAAUUCCAAUAAGCCUAUUCAAUCAUUUGUGAUAAGCCAACAAAAAGAAAAAACUCUAAGUCAAGAAUCAACCAUUUCCGAUGCACAUAUCAAUCGCAUCGAAGAAUUUAGUUUUUCUCAAAGUCAAACCAAUAAAUCAAUGACCAUGAAAAAUUUUAAUGAAAAUGACCAAAACGAUUACGACACUCCAUUUACCAAGCUCAGUGAACUCUAUUAUUCUGAUCAUGACCUUGAAUAUAAGCGUCGAAUGGAAAUUUUUUUCUCAAGUUCGAAUCGUAAUAAUGAUAAAGUUAUGAAUCCAAUAGGACAUUUACCGAUUAAUCACAGACCUACUUCUGUUUGCACAAUUGAUACAAAAUCUUCGAAAUUUGAUUAUGAUACCGAUUCAUUUUUUGGUUCUGAUAAUCAAACUACUUACGAUUUAUAUGAAAACCCAACGUAUGCCAAUUCCGAGUUCACAGAUGUCAAGCAUUCAAAACGCAAAAAUGCUUCUAAUAAAGAAAAAAAAUCGACCAAAAGUUUCAAUAAUCGUCAACAAUUUUUACGUGAUCGACGCGAAAGAAAUAGGUUGGCCGCUCUUAAACUUAGACGAAAGCAAAAGGAAAAUUAUAAUAAACUAAUGCUGGAAGAAAAAAGUCUCAAAUCAAGAAAUCGAUUUCUUAAAGAUUCGAUUGUGAAAAUGCAACAAGAAACAAAAAUUUACAUUGAAAAAUUAUUGGGAUUCAAGUAAAAUGCAAAUUAGUAUAUAAUUGUUUGAUAUCGACUUUUUUAUUUUUUAAUAUUUAUAUGAUAAUAUUCUUUGCAAUUUCGUUUCAUUAUUUGAUAUAUGACUAUAUAAAACAUAAUAAACAUCAUUCGUUUUCAUCUUUAAUUUCCAUGAUAAC